AUGGCGCACGCCGACACCAUCGAACACGCGGGCGUUGUGCCCGUCAAACGCAUCUGGUACCGAACGACCAUAUUCAAUGCCUGCGUCAUUGGUGUUGUUGGAUUCCUUGCCCCGGGCAUGUGGAAUGCCAUGAACUCGUUGGGAGCUGGAGGAGAGGAGAAGCCGUUCCUAGUGAACGCCGCUAACGCAUUGGUAUUUGCGCUGAUGGGUAUAUUUUGUUUGUUGGGAGGCCCGAUCGCAAACCGUAUCGGCAUCAAAUGGGCCCUGGUUAUUGGUGCGAUCGGUUAUCCCCUGUACUCUGCAGGCUUGUACACCAAUGACCGAUUUGGCAACGUUUGGUUCGUUUUGGUGGGCUCCGCGGCAUGUGGUAUCUCCGCAGGCUUGUACUGGGCCACGGAGGGUGCUAUCGCGAUCGGAUACCCGGAGCCUGGGAAGCGUGCUCGGUACCUCAAUAUUUGGGUUGUUUUCUCGAUGAUGGGACCCAUUGUUGGAAAUUCGAUCGUUUUGGGAUUGAAUAUGCAGACCGAUGGUGAGGGAAGUGUUGGAUACACAACUUACAUUGUCUUUAUUACACUGCAGUGUCUGGCUGUUCCGAUCGCUUGUCUUCUAUCGCCGCCAGAGAAAGUGCAGCGUUCUGAUGGAUCUGCCAUCAUCCUCCGCCCGGGCGCGACUUGGAAAGAAGAAUUCCAGUCGCUGUGGCGCACCUGCAAGGAGUGCAGGGUGAUUCUGCUUUUGCCCAUCUUUUGGGCGAUUUACUUCAAUGAAUACUCAGGCAACUUUGAGACAUAUUAUUUCAGUGUCCGUGCACGUGCCCUGAUUGCCUUCUUGGGUGAUUGGGUCUGCAUCUUUGCGUCACAGGGCCUCUCACUAUGGCUGGAUUGGAAGAAGUUUGAUCGCAAAACCCGCAUCACCUAUGGAUGGUACUGGGUUAUGGUGGUCCACGUCACCACCUGGAUUUAUGCAUGGGUUGUGCAGUCAGAAUAUACUGCCAACCCGCCAACGCUUGACAUUUAUACCCCCGGUUUUACCAAGGGUGCUUUCACCCUUUUCCUCUGGCAGUUCGCCCAACAGACGGGUAUCAACUGGUUGUAUUAUACGGUCGGUGAAAUGACUGACAACUUGUCUGAGCUGACCCGGUUGACGGGUAUCCUGCGUGGACAAAUGAGCUUCGGCGAGGCUGUUUCAUACGGUCUCAAUACCCACGAUUGGUAUGGUGGCCGUGCCCCAAUGGCUGUCAACACAAUCCUUCUAGGUCUUUGCGUGGUUCCCACAUGGAUUGUCGUCCACAAAUAUAUCCCCAACGAUGAGGCUGAGAGCUCCAUCGAUUCAUCUGACGAGCAGAUUGAAAAAGAAGUGAUUAUCAACGACAAGGAGAAGAUAUCCACUGAUGUCGCUCAAACAUAA